GGAGGGGAGGAUAAAAGUGUAGGCGAGAAGGUUAGGGUAUAAAAGCAUUCUCCAAUGCAUCCUCUCGACAUGUGAAUCAAAGUGUUUUGAGCACUUUACAUAGCAUCAAUAAAUCUUCUUCCAAGCAUUGCCAUUGACAGUCUCCAAGCCAACAAGAUGAAAGUCUUCUUUAUUUUCUCAGUGCUAUUCUUGGCUGCCUUGGGAAGCUGUGCAGAUGACAGAAGCCCCCUAGAAGAAUGCUUCAAAGAAGAUGAUUAUGAAGAAUUUCUAGAGAUCGCCAGAAAUGGUCUGAAACAGACAUCAAAUCCAAAACAUGUUGUGGUUGUAGGUGCAGGAAUGGCUGGGCUUAGUGCAGCCUACGUUCUUGCAGGGGCUGGACAUAAGGUGACGGUUCUUGAAGCUAGUGAACGUGUGGGAGGACGAGUGACCACUUAUCGAAAUGACAUAGAAGGCUGGUAUGUCAAUCUGGGACCCAUGCGUCUCCCUGAGAGACACAGAAUUAUCCGGGAAUAUAUCAGAAAGUUUGGUCUCCGGUUGAACGAAUUUUUUCAGGAAAAUGAGAAUGCCUGGUAUUUUAUUAAAAACAUCAGGAAGAGAGUAUGGGAAGUGAAAAAAGACCCCAGCGUCUUCAAAUAUCCUGUGAAGCCCUCAGAAGAAGGCAAAUCUGCUUCACAGCUAUAUCGAGAGUCCCUCAAAAAGGUUAUAGAAGAAUUGAAAAGGACUAACUGCAGCUACAUAAUGAAUAAAUAUGACACCUACUCAACAAAGGAGUAUCUAAUUAAAGAAGGAAAUCUGAGCCGCGGAGCUGUAGAUAUGAUUGGAGACUUACUGAAUGAAGAUUCUGGCUAUUACAUAUCUUUUAUUGAGAGCCUGAAAAGCGAUGAUAUCUUCUCUAAUGAAAAAAGGUAA